AGUGGAGAGCGGCCCUAUAAAUGUAAAGAAUGUGGGAAAGCUUUUCCCCGAGCGACAAACCUCAGAACACAUAGAAGAAUCCACAGUGGAGAGAGGCCCUAUGAAUGUAAGGAAUGUGGGAAAGCCUUUCUCCGAGUGACAAACCUCAUAACACAUAGAAGACUCCACAGUGGAGAGAGGCCCUAUGAAUGUAAGGAAUGUGGGAAAGCCUUUCUCCGAGUGACAAACCUCAUAACACAUAAAAGACUCCACAGUGGAGAGAGGCCCUAUGAAUGUAAGGAAUGUGGGAAAGCCUUUAUUCAAUUAGCACACCUCAUAAGACAUAGAAGAAUCCACAGUGGACAGAGACCCCAUGAAUGCAAGGAUUGUGGGAAAUCCUUUCAUCGACUCUCAGCCCUCAUAACACAUAGAAGAAUCCACAGUGGAGAGAGGCCGUAUGAAUGUAAGGAGUGUAGGAAAUUCUUUACUCAAUCGUCAAACCUCACAAGACAUAGAAGAAUCCACAGUGGUGAGAGGCCCUAUGAAUGUAAGGAGUGUGGGAAAUUUUUUAAUCAAUGGUCAAACCUCACAACACAUAGAAGAAUCCACAGUGGAGAGAGACCUUAUAAAUGUAAAGUAUGUGGGAAAGUCUUUGCUCUGCAGAAUUUCAUCUGUGCAACAUCCAGGAAGGCCCACUCUCUGGCACUCACCUUGGUCCACAUCAUUGACGACCGCUGA